CACUCUCAUUGGGCCGUGGAGAGACGCUUAGGGAUCAGUUUUCUCCUCCUUUCUUCCCGCGAUCGCGCGGCUCUCUGAAAGCUUUCCCACUCUAUUAUUGCCGAGGAUCCCCCUCCUAGACACUCUGAGAAGGUGCCGCUGCGGCCUUGGGUACGGCGGUACCCGGAUGUGGAGCCGCUCUCGCCCGCUGGGACUCUGUGGCGGGGCGGAGCGCGGCGGCUGGUGCGGGGGCAGAGAGAAGGGGGCCUGAGGGCCCGGGCGCUCGCCGGACGCCGGGAGGUACCACCACUGCCCACGGGGGAGGAGGCGGCGCCGGCGCUUGGGCGCCCGCCCCGGAGCGAGGGGCCGGGAUCGCAGAAAGGCCGGCAGUUAAGCUUGCUCCCCGCCGCCCCCCUCGGGCUAGCCUCCCCCGGCCCCCUGCGCUCCUCGCGCUCCCGGCCGGGGGAGAGCGUGGUUUCCUGGCGGCCGUCGCUGUAGCCUGGCCGGGGAGCCCGGAGGAAGCGGGAGAGUCCCCGCCCACGGCCCCCUCCCCUCUGCCCGCUCCCCGCCGCCGCCUCCCAGCAGCCGCGGGUCGCCCUCCAGUCUGAGCGGGGGGCGCGGCGGCGGAGGGCUGGGCAGAGGCUUUGGGCUCCGCGGGGACCGCGCCGCCGCCCCCGUGAGUUAUUCCCACGUUCCCCGGGGCUCGCUGCCGCCCCCGCCGGCGCCGAGAGUCCGGCCCGGGCCCAACUCCCUCACGGGCCCACCGGCGGCAGCGGCGGCGGCGGCGGCAGCGGCAGCGGCGGAGCCCACCGCCCGGGUCCCGAUGAGUAACUCCCGGAAUAACCGGGUGAUGGUGGAAGGGGUUGGCGCUCGGGUAGUGCGCGGCCCGGACUGGAAGUGGGGGAAGCAGGACGGCGGCGAGGGCCAUGUGGGCACCGUCCGGAGCUUCGAGAGCCCCGAGGAGGUGGUCGUAGUGUGGGACAACGGCACCGCUGCCAACUACCGCUGCUCCGGGGCUUACGACCUCCGCAUACUGGACAGCGCGCCCACCGGCAUCAAGCAUGAUGGAACCAUGUGUGAUACCUGCCGCCAGCAACCGAUCAUUGGCAUUCGAUGGAAAUGUGCAGAGUGUACAAAUUAUGAUUUGUGCACAGUGUGUUAUCAUGGAGAUAAACAUCACUUAAGACAUCGCUUUUACCGAAUUACUACACCAGGAAGUGAGAGGGUUCUGUUAGAGUCUCGUAGGAAAUCUAAGAAGAUUACAGCCAGAGGAAUCUUUGCAGGUGCCAGAGUGGUGCGAGGAGUGGACUGGCAGUGGGAAGAUCAAGAUGGAGGAAAUGGACGUAGGGGAAAGGUAACAGAAAUCCAGGACUGGAGUGCAUCAAGCCCACAUAGCGCAGCAUAUGUCCUCUGGGAUAAUGGUGCUAAGAACCUUUACAGAGUUGGCUUUGAGGGCAUGUCUGAUCUGAAAUGUGUCCAGGAUGCCAAGGGAGGUUCUUUCUACAGAGAUCACUGCCCUGUGCUAGGUGAGCAGAAUGGCAACAGGAAUCCUGGUGGAUUGCAGAUUGGUGACCUGGUAAAUAUAGAUCUCGACCUAGAAAUUGUACAGUCUUUGCAGCAUGGUCAUGGAGGAUGGACUGAUGGAAUGUUUGAGACUUUAACUACAACUGGAACUGUUUGUGGCAUUGAUGAAGAUCAUGACAUUGUAGUACAGUAUCCAAGUGGCAAUAGGUGGACCUUCAAUCCUGCUGUUCUCACUAAAGCGAACAUUGUCCGAAGUGGAGAUGCUGCUCAAGGUGCAGAAGGAGGCACCUCUCAGUUUCAAGUGGGUGAUCUUGUACAAGUUUGUUAUGACCUGGAACGAAUUAAACUUCUACAAAGAGGACAUGGAGAAUGGGCUGAAGCGAUGCUUCCAACUUUAGGUAAAGUUGGCAGAGUACAACAGAUUUAUUCAGACAGUGAUUUAAAGGUGGAAGUUUGUGGAACAUCUUGGACAUACAAUCCAGCAGCAGUUUCCAAGGUGGCAUCUGCAGGAUCAGCCAUUAGCAAUGCAUCUGGUGAAAGACUCUCACAACUCCUGAAGAAAUUAUUUGAAACCCAAGAAUCUGGUGACCUCAAUGAAGAAUUAGUUAAGGCUGCUGCCAAUGGAGAUGUUGCUAAAGUGGAAGAUUUGCUUAAAAGACCAGAUGUGGAUGUAAAUGGGCAAUGUGCUGGCCACACAGCUAUGCAAGCUGCUAGUCAGAAUGGACAUGUUGACAUUUUGAAGUUACUUUUGAAGCAAAACGUGGAUGUCGAAGCAGAGGAUAAAGAUGGUGAUAGAGCAGUUCACCAUGCAGCUUUUGGAGAUGAAGGCGCUGUUAUAGAAGUACUACAUCGAGGUAGUGCUGAUUUGAAUGCUCGAAACAAGCGCCGACAGACACCACUUCAUAUUGCUGUCAAUAAAGGUCAUCUUCAAGUUGUGAAGACUUUAUUGGACUUUGGCUGUCAUCCCAGUCUCCAGGAUUCUGAAGGUGAUACCCCUCUUCAUGAUGCAAUAAGUAAGAAACGUGAUGAUAUCCUAGCAGUUCUUUUGGAAGCUGGAGCAGAUGUUACCAUCACAAACAAUAAUGGAUUUAAUGCUCUACAUCAUGCUGCACUAAGGGGAAAUCCCAGUGCAAUGCGUGUUUUACUAUCUAAAUUACCAAGACCAUGGAUUGUGGAUGAGAAGAAAGAUGAUGGUUAUACUGCCUUACAUCUGGCUGCCCUUAAUAAUCACGUAGAAGUGGCUGAACUGUUGGUACAUCAGGGUAAUGCAAACCUGGAUAUCCAGAAUGUGAACCAACAAACUGCCCUACACCUUGCUGUUGAACGACAGCAUACCCAAAUUGUUAGGCUUUUAGUCCGUGCAGGUGCCAAGCUUGAUAUUCAGGAUAAGGAUGGGGAUACUCCUUUGCAUGAAGCUCUAAGGCAUCACACUUUGUCUCAGCUACGUCAGCUCCAAGAUAUGCAAGAUGUGGGGAAGGUGGAUGCUGCCUGGGAGCCAUCCAAAAACACGUUAAUAAUGGGACUUGGUACCCAGGGGGCAGAGAAGAAGAGUGCAGCAUCUAUUGCCUGUUUCUUGGCAGCCAAUGGUGCUGACCUGAGCAUUCGAAAUAAGAAGGGUCAAUCGCCACUUGAUCUCUGUCCUGAUCCGAAUCUCUGCAAAGCACUGGCAAAGUGUCAUAAGGAAAAAGUCAGUGGUCAAGUGGGUUCUCGGAGUCCUUCUAUGAUUAGUAAUGAUUCUGAAACCUUAGAAGAGUGUAUGGUGUGCUCAGAUAUGAAGAGAGAUACUCUUUUUGGUCCAUGUGGACAUAUUGCUACCUGUUCUUUAUGUUCUCCACGAGUCAAGAAAUGCCUCAUCUGUAAAGAACAGGUUCAAUCCAGGACAAAGAUUGAAGAAUGUGUGGUAUGCUCUGACAAGAAAGCAGCUGUUCUUUUUCAACCCUGCGGCCACAUGUGUGCUUGUGAGAACUGUGCUAACCUGAUGAAAAAGUGUGUGCAGUGUCGAGCAGUAGUUGAACGAAGAGUGCCUUUCAUUAUGUGCUGUGGAGGGAAAAGUUCAGAAGAUGCCACUGAUGAUAUCUCAAGUGGGAAUAUUCCAGUAUUACAAAAGGACAAGGAUAAUACCAAUGUCAAUGCAGAUGUGCAAAAGUUGCAGCAACAGUUACAAGACAUUAAAGAGCAGACAAUGUGCCCUGUGUGUCUGGAUCGUCUGAAGAAUAUGAUUUUCCUCUGUGGUCACGGAACCUGUCAGCUCUGUGGAGACCGCAUGAGUGAAUGUCCUAUCUGUCGCAAGGCUAUUGAACGAAGGAUUCUUUUGUAUUAACUAAGACACAUGGUGUAUUUUGUUAGCUAAUGUAUCUAGUCAUGAGAUCUUAAUAGGCUUUUGAUCUAGUUGGAAGUUCUGAUGAGUUAAUUUCUAAUAUCAUAGUUUCUUUACUAGAGUAUAAUUGGGCUGUAAAUGUACCAGAACAAAAAACCCUACAAAAUGGUGUUGGAAAUUGUGUUUUUUGUUUUUGUUUUAAAUUUGAAACAUCAAAUUCAUGUAACUCAUAGGAUAAUUUACCUUUGGCUUCUAAGAGGAAAGUCCUUUAAGGAUAUCCUUUUUUAAAAAAUUGCAUUUUUCCCUUAUAAUUUGUAAAUUUGUUAGAUCUCAAAAGACAUAAUUCUUUGUGAUCAGUUAUCCUUCAUUUCAUCAUGGUUUUACACAGUGAGUUGAUAACAGGUUCUCUGAAAAGUCACGCAUCAAAUAAAAGAGGCAGGUCAAACAAUUAUGUCACAUGGUAAAUUAUAAAAUGACAGUACAAGUUCCAGAUAGUUAAGGGAAUACCGAAGGGAUGAUUCUCUUUUUAAGAUAACAGGAAGUUACCCUCAUGUUUGUUUCUGAAUUCUUAGAGUAAAUGGAAGCAUAGAAUGAGGGAAUAAUGACUUUGCAUUUCUCUUGUUUUCUAGAUUCAAAAGGAACAUUGUUUAACUUGAAUCAGAUUACCAGUUUCAAGAUGACUGAUAAACAAGAAAAGGAAAAAUAAGCAAUAAUAGUGGGCAACUGAAGAGAAAAAAAAGAGUAUCUAUUAACUGGCCACUAACAGUUGCCUUUCUUAUAUUAAUUUAUACACUAUUUUGUUCAGCCAGUGUUUUUAAAAAAUCUGUGAAAAGUGUACUUCGGGUUUUCUGUGAUUACUUAUCUGGGCUUGAUCUGACCAGUGAAAUGACAUUGCCCUAUUUGGACCUCUGAGGUUCUAUGUAGCUUUGCUGAUGUACUGAAUAGUACCCCAGUGAUCUGCAAAAUUAAUGCCUUUUCCAAGAAAAAUAUCUUUUCUUCUUUGUAUCAGUUAAUUCUGACAGUGUUACUGAUUCUGUCUUCAUUAUAGGCCUUAUUUCCGUUAUCUCUUUCUUUAUAGUAUUUUUUACUAUAAAGAAAACAGUCUUUCUGUGUAUACCUACAGAUGAGGGUAUUAUUUAAACUGCCAACAAUAUCCAAGACAUGGUCAAUAAUCUAAUUAUAAAUACUUUAGAAAGAGUGACCAGGACAUGUAUAGAAAUGUCUGCUUACCUGUAAACUUUAAAAACAACAACAAAAAACAAACAAAAUUUUUAGAGCAUUUAAUCAUUUUUUUUCUCCUUUGAAUGAUCUCCUUUGUAAUCUUACUGUCUUCUGAGUAAAUAUACACAUAAAUAAGUGUUUGGGGAUUCAUUGCUGCUAGAUUAUAUCAGCUGUUUACAUAGUGUCUACUAUAUGCUGUUGAUAAGCUUUUUCCUAAAAAUAGUUAUCCUCUUUUGUAGUUUUUUUCCCUCCUUUAAAUCUGGCUAGAUUUUCUUACUUCAGUUUUUAUAGAACACCAACUAAAUUUGAAAGUAUGAAGUCUCUAGCCCUCUUAACACUGUUUCUGGCUGUUUAAUCCUUGCUGCCUUUGCAAGUCCUGGUGAAAGCAAUGGGGAGCUUUGCUGGCUGGUUUUGUAGUCUCAACAAUUCCAUGUCUGUGUUUAGCUGAGUAACUGCUAUCAUUUAGAACAGUAAAAUUUUUAUAGAUUUCAAAUUUGAAAAUUCAUAUACACUCAGUUAUCUAAUAAGGGGCCACCGACGCUGUUUUUAAAACUAUUUUGAAGUUAUAAAAAGGUAGAACAUCUGACUGAUGUUGUUCACAUAAAGAGACAGACAGACUAUCAUGUUGCAGACAUGAAAACAGCAUGUCAGGUUUUUCCUUUCCUUCCAUGCCAUGGGCUACCCAUCUCUUCCCACUAGAUCACCUGGUGAGGAGGGAGCACCUGGCUGACUCAUGCAGAGUUUGGCCAAUCAGAGAAUUGUGUGGUCUCUAGCUCUACUUUCCUUAAACAAAUCCUUUCUGUUUUCUGAGCUUCAGUGCUAAAACAGAUCCCUAAAAGGUAAUAGCAUCUUCCAGACUAGUUUAAUUAUUUCCUUUAUAAGAAUAUGACAUAAAUUUUUAUUAUAGAAAUAAUGUCAUUAUAAUUUUAGUGCUAGUACUUGUGGGUUUUCCGUAUUUGAAUCACCUUGAAAUUUGUUGCAUGAAUAGAAAAUACUUAUUUAUUCAUGUUUUCAAUCACCUAAAAUUAUUUUAAAUUUAUUUUGGGUUUGUGAGAGAUAAUAAGAUCAAGAACUUCAUCAUUUCAGUGACUUUCCUCCAACUCUCCGAAUCUGCUACCUCUUAUUAUAUGUCCCUUAGCAGUACUUUUCCAGUUAGGUUCGUUACCCUCCUCAUUAGCUAAACCUCUUUAUCUUGUGCCUCAAAAGAGCUUUUACUUUUCUUAGAAAUAUUUAUAAAAAAGAAAAAAACUGACACGCAUUCAUUCAAAAAAGUAUUUAUUGGGUUUCAGGGAUUAGAUACACAACAGUGGAAAAAUGGCAUCUUAGCACACUCAGAAUUUAUUGUGCAGCAGUUGUGUAUUUUAAGGAAUCUGUAGUUAAAAGGAAGAGAUCCAAAGGUCCUGAUAACAUUUCCUAAUGUUUCAGAAGAGUUGUCAUUGAGUAGUGUUUGGAUUUCCUCUCUGUACCCCUCAACCUACCAUUUUCUCCUUUAUUCUUCUAAGAUUGUUAGUGUUGUUACUCAAAACAGACAAUUACAACAUACCAGAUGGUGCUAUUCUAAUGGUAUCUGUUCACGUAAUUUAACAUUCUUACUGCUUAUACUAUAUACAUAUUUAAUUUUGUUGGAAGCAAGAAGGUUUUCAAGAAAAGAUAAUUUUGUAUUAGUGUAGGAAUAUAUUAGACAAAUGUUUAGUUGGUCAAAUUAUGCAUAAGAUAUUUGUAACUUUAAACAUUGCAAAUUGACCAGCUAGCUAUGGAAGCAUAAAAUUAAUUGAUAAUUAAUGUUGGAAAUACAUUUCUUAAAUUUAUAUUUUUAUGGUGUUAGCCCGUAAGAGCCUUUUAGCAUAUUGAAAUGCAUGCUGCUUAAGAUGUGUCUGGUUCAAAUAUCAAAGCUUGCUGGGUCAUUUUUACAUAGUAGAAACAUACUGUCUAUGUGUUGCCCAAUUGCUGUUUGUCUGUUCUGAAUUCUGGACCCUUUUUGGACUGGAAAUUAGUUAAAUUCAUGAACUAAGAGAAUUAGAGAUGGGGUAGAGUAGGAUCAGGACAGUGGGUUACAGCAGAUAGGAAAGGAAAGUCAGCAUUUGAGUGUAGAGAAAAAAAGAGGAUCAUAUAGAUGUCAUCAAAUUAUAGGCUUUAAUACAGGUUGCUUUUUUUUAAUUCAAAAGGAAAAGCACUUGUCCUAUCAGAAUGUCUACCAUGUUUUAUAGUAAUAAUUUGUGUAAAAAAUUGAAUUUUUGAAUAGUUUUUUGUAUUUUUUGUGAUGAAAAACUCAUAACAUAAAAUUUACCAUAUUAACUGUUUCUAAAGAAUACAGUUCAGCCAUGUUAAGUACAUUUACAUUGUUGUGAAACAGAUCUCCAGAACUUUUUCAUCUUGCAAAACUGAAACUCCAUACCCGUUAAACAACUCCCCUUUUUGUUUUCUCCUCAGUGGAAUAGAAUUUUGACUCCAUAUAAAUCAAGAAACACCUAAAUUCUUUAGUUGUUUAUGUUUGCAAGAUCUAAGAUCAUGGUAAACAUUAAGUUCUUAAAAUUUUUGGGAGGGACAGUACACCUCUCCUCUGAAUUGUUAGCAAUUAAAUUGAGUAGGUUUUAAAUGUCUAGUCAUUGGAAGGGUUUGUUAUUUCAUUUUGAGCCAGAGGGGAGAGGCACAUUUUAAAUAUCAGAAUUAGAUUAGCUUUGAGUUUGUACAAUUGGGAACAUAAUAGAUUUUCAUAAAUUAUGUGUGCCUUGUUGGAAAUGUCAGCUGUCUUUAUGUCUGCUUGUAAACGUUUCAAAAUAUGUUUUCCCUCAAAAAGGCAACGUUACUUCAUUUGCUUGAAUAUUAUGAUAGGAAUGCUUACUGAUAUUACUUGAUAGUCAUAUAUAGCCUAGGAACUUUAACAUAUGUAUAACUAUAGCAGUAUUAAUAAUGAUAGUUGUACUUCUUUAAAACAUUAAAUUUGAGGAAACUUUAAUGCUGUCUCGUGUACAUUGCUUUACUACAGUGAGGGGGAAUAUCCUUUAGAUUGAGCCUCAAUUUACUGGUUAGUAGUAUGUGAAACUCUGGUAUAAAAACGUGAACUAGACAGUAGAGCCGAUGAAUUAAAAUUGUAAAUUGCUACAUUGGCAAUUUCUACCUCCUUUUCUGUCAGAGUAUUACUUUUUCCAGCAUUUAUUCUUAUUUGUGAGUAAAGAGGAAAUGGGAACCUGAGGUUAAAAUUGACAUUUUUGUUUCAUUGAGAAUUUAAGCAGUAGGUACAGGAGAAGUGACUUGUCACAUUAAUUUGGUGCCUAAAUCUGUAACUACAAGUUGUGAUCGACAUGUACAAAAUGUCUAAGAAAGGUCAUAUGCUGAAUAUUUUACUUUUCCUGUAUAGUCUGCAUGAUUUGUUUCAUAAACCCAGCUUAUUUCCUCCAAAAAGCAAAAUGGUCCUGUAAUUUUUAAAGUAAAAUAAACGUGCCAUUUUGUCUGCAAUCUAUAAUUUCAGAAAGUUAUUGAAAGUUCUGACUCAGGGCUUUUUAACAGUUCAAGCAAUUGUCAGUUAUAUUUUGGAAACUCCAUCUGUGUAAUUCUCCAGUGCCUUGAAAGAAUUAUUAACUUGGCAACACUAUUAAAACUUUAUAAAAGAUGGUCUUUAGUGCACGUGUAUCAUUGUAUACACAUUUUAAAGUCAUAUUGCUUAGCUCGUUAAUAAUGAUUCUGCAUGUGUGCUGGGUUUGGGUAAUUCUUUAAAGGAAGUUUUCUAGAUUUGUACUUGAUGUUUGUUUUUUAAAAACUGAUUAUUUAUGGCCAUGACACUGUUACCAGAAAAGUAAUUCUGAUUAAGUUAUUAUGCAAAGUCAUCUAUAAGUAGCAUCUGGGAAGAGGAGAUCGAGGCCAGUUUGCUAUUUUAGUAUGAAAGGAGGAUCUGUUUGGGAAACAUAGAUUGUCUUCCCCUCAAAUGAGGGGGGAAAAAAAAAGACCCUUUGUUCAAAUGGAUUCUGUUUUAAAAAAUUAUUUUUAAAGGAAAUCACAAAUUGCAUGUCAUUCUUAAUGCUAGUCUUAUAGACUAAAUCCAUAAAAUUGUUUUUAUGUUCAGUAUGUUUGUGUCAUUCUAAAUGCGGCAAAUUCAAUGAUAGCAGUUCAAUUGACUCAUAGCAGUGUUUUGUAUUUUUUCUGAUUCUUUAGCUUUCAGUAUUGGAUUAAAGCCUUGUUUGUGAGUAUAGUUUCUGUAUGGCACAUGAUUUCUUGCUUAUUAGCUUUUGUUAAAGAAUGCUUAGUAAGAGCUAAGCUUUUAAAAGUAAUGCAAACAUUUAUCGUUAAUAAAACCUAUGGUGUAAUAUCAUAUAAUGCUUUUCUUUGAUCUUUUGAGAAUUAUUCUUUUAUAGUAGUAUACAUGAAUUUUGAUUUUUAAAGCAUUUAAAAACAAAUCUCAAUACAUUAAAAAACUUGUUAUUGUUAAAAAGGAAAUUACCAUGCCUUUAAGAAACAAGGAUGUACAUCUUCAACUCAGCAUGUGUCCACAUCUAGAAGGCUCUCAUUGCAGUUGUUUACAAUUAAGGUACCUCUAUCUAAAGGGCCAAAGAAGCAUUUCAUAUUUUAACACCUCACAUUCUUUCAGGAUUAAGACAUAUGAAAAUAGUCUGAAUAGGAUAAAUUUGAUAGGAAGUAAAUUAACCAGUCUGGAAGAUUCAGCUUUUUCUAAAAAAAGAUUAUUCCUCUUCACAACUCAGAUGUAGAUUUCAUUUUCAAGAGGUAGACAUUUUAAAGCAAUGAUCUAUUUGGGUUUUAGUUUUAUGAGUAAAUCAUUAAUUGUAUGGUUUGGGGGUUAUUUUAUUUUCCAUGUUAAUGUAAGCACUUAUUUCUGAAGUUAUUGAGAGGUCAUCUAGCUCCAGUUCAAAAGAUUAUGUAUAUCUGAUGUUUAAGAGGAAAAACAUCUGAAAAAAUAUCUUUUGUUUAUUUGAAAAAAGCAUAUAUAUUCCAACUUUAAAAUUGUGAAUUUAUUUUGAGUAACCUCUAAUUAACUGUAUUUUUUUUGUUUCUGUUGCUGUAUAAUUAGAAAUUUCAUGGCAAUAUUUUUUACUAAAUUGAAACUGUAUAGGUUUCAAAAAUAAAGACAUUUUAGAAAA